AUUAUUAUUCUCAUGUUAUUUUCGGGCCGUACAGAAGUCAACAGACAGAAACCAGUGCUAGAGUGUUCGCGUAUUCUACGCGGCACGCGGCAGCUUUUUCUCCAGCUAAAAAUUUAAUAAAUACGUAGCAUGCAACGAAAUCUGAACAACUUCGUGCCAGUGGACGCGGACGCAGAGCACUUCCACAAGAGGAUCCACUGCAGGAGCGGUCACAUCACCGUGCGCUACAGGGAUCACGUUUUGGUGUGGGGUGGUUCAAGGGAGGUGCAUUACGACAACGGAACAAAUCACGAAUACCACGAUGCAAACGAGCUGAUGAUGUACAAUUGCCUCACUGAAGUUUGGACGCGGCAGUUCACUUCAGGAGAGGUGCCCUUCCGAUGCUCGGGUGCUUGUGGGGUUGUCCUCGACCAUUUCCUCUACGUCUUUGGGGGAUUCCAAGUGAUAUUCGACGAUUUCUUCCAAGAAAGUAUUGAGGCGCCAGGUAACUCACUUCACCGCUUAGAUUUACGGACGAUGACCUGGCAGGAAUUGAGGCCGGCAGGCGUCCAUCCAGUGCCUUGUGACAAACUGGCAGGGUGGGAGUUUAAUGGAAGGUUGUAUUUCUUUGGCGGCUUUGGUCCUCCACCAGAAGACUUUGCCAACGUACCGUUCACAUACAUCCAAUGCAUGUCCAACACCGAGUAUCCUCCCAGGGGCUGGAACAACCAGUUUGUGUGCUACGACCCUGAAAUCAACUGCUGGACGUGGCCACGUACAAAAGGUUGCACGCCGUCACCGAAGGCCGCGCAUGCAGCCGACAUCAGGAAUGGCAAAGCCUACAUCUUUGGAGGAAGGCUGCUGCAGGAGCGGGUCAACGAGCUCCACUGCAUCGACAUGGACACAAUGCGCUGGUCUGGAAAUUUGACUCAAAAUUCCUCGGAAGCACCUGAAGGCAGAUCGUGGCACAGCUUUACGUUCAUUGACAACAACACUGCUAUAGUGUAUGGCGGCUUCUCCCAGAAGGACAUGAUUUUAAAUGAUUGCUGGAGGAUGAUGGUGGGCCAGAAUGGCUUUGUCGGGUGGGACGAGAUUCCUCUGGCCUAUGACCACGGCCACCCGAGGUUUCUGCACACCUCGUGCCAAGGACGCCCAGGCGAAUUGAUUGUUCACGGCGGCUAUGUCCAGCCAUAUUAUCAACUCUCGUUCCUCCACCAAGAACUCGCUGACUCAUUGCUCACCCUGAACUUCCAGCCCAAGUCGCUCUUUAGGCUCUGCAUUCGAGCGUGCGUGGGUUAUUCAGAGGAGACGCAAAGCCAAUGGAGCGUGCUGCCAAAAGCGAUCGAAAGAGUCCUUAAAGCUCGUCUCGAACAAGUUUAGCUAUCCAUUUGAUAUUCUCAUUUUUUGACAAGUAUUGUUUUACGCCAAGUAUUGUCUCAUUUAAAUAUGUGGAGUCACUCUUAUAAGUACUUAAAGCUUGAUGCGUUUCUUAAAAAUAUUUUAGUCGGUUUUUCAAAAUUAAUUCCUUUGUUGCAUUGAUCUGCAACCCUGAAACAACAAUUGUCUGAAUGAUAGAUUUAUUUAAAUAUACAUAGUUUCAUGUUGUCAGGAUAAAUAUAAUAUGAUCAUCCUUUUAUGGCUCUAACAAUUUUUUCUUAUUAUCAAGGAAGGAAUGAACUGAUGGACUACUGAACUAAUUGUGAUUUUUGCCUCUGUUUAAAUAAAAAUCGUGACUGAAUCCAAACAAA